UAAAUUGUUGAAUCACCUUGACACAACGAGUGGUUCAUAUAGUCCUAGACUCCUAGUGGUGACAUUCUCCACAUUUUUUUGAAUCCCCUCGACAGAAUUUCUGACUCUACCAGUACUAGUCCAAUAUCUAUCGAUGUCUACAUUGGAGCGCGACGUGGUGUUUGAGGAUUUUUUUCCAUCAAUGUUGGAGAAACUUGGAGCUGAGGGAUUCUUGAAAGAGUUAAGAAAUGGAUUUAGGGUUUUAAUGGAUGAACAAAGGGAAGUCAUAACAUUUGAAAGCUUAAAGAAGAAUUUAGAAUUUUUGGGAUUGAAAGACAAUGAUAUGAGUGAUGAUGAAGUGAUGUACAUGUUGAAUGAAGGUGAUUUGGAUGGUGAUGGUUGUGUAAAUGAGAUGGAAUUUUGUGUAUUAAUGGUUCGUUUAAGUCCAGAUUUAAUGGACAUUUCAAGAAUGUGGUUGGAAGAAACUCUUGCCAAAUUGUAAUUAGACUAAUUAAUCUGUGUUGAACUUUGUUAUAUAUCUACAAAUUAAUUAAUCUAGCU